UAUUAACAAAAUAAGCCUUUGUGACUCCACAAGUGCCCGAUUGAAUCAUCAGAGGAGGAUAAUGAGGAAAAAUAGGAAUUCCGGUUUCAAAAUUUUUCAUGUGCAUAAUAAAUCAUUUCUGGGAAAAUCCCAGAGGGAUUUCCCCCGGAAAUGAAGGGUGCCAAGAUGAAAGAUGUCAAGGAAUUCAGCCAAGAUAAAGCUUAAGCAAAGUGGUAGAAAUUUGUCCAGGAUUUGUCAAAAAUUUUCAGGUGUUUCUAUUCCAAGAGCUAUACAAACAAGUAUUGGAAGGCCUAAGCCCAAGAUUUCGAGAAAUACUAAUGGGAUUGAGAAAUCAACCGAAGCUGAGAGUUAUGAGAGGAAGAGCAUGCUUUCUACCAUUCAAGAUAUUGCAAAGAGGUAUAGCAUUGGGAUAGGUCAGCCCAGGAAACUCCAUAAUCGUAGCUUAUAAUUUAACUCUUGCUUUCCAAUUUUAUUGA